GGACCAGAGAAAAUGACAGUUAGAGGAACUCCAGAUUUAUUUAGUAUUUCAAAUAUUUUAAACAUUGUUUUCUCCUAGUUUUUAUAGAAUUGGUCACAGGACAAAAACAUUUACACAGAUAUUGCAUGUUUUAGUGUUUUCUACGUGGAUUAUUGGAUGUAAAAUGUCCUCCAGGUCUGGACUGAGCCUCAUAUAGCUUCAUCCUUCUGCUCGUAGAAAACACGUCCAGAAGUUCUUCGUUAGGUGCAGUCAACCUGUCCACGUUCUUCAGUAUUAUUUCUGCUCUGACAGCGGAAGCCAGGCAGGGAGAGAGGGGAGUAAAGGGAGGCUCCUGGAGGGCUUUUACACUCGAGGUAAUUAAGGCAGUGACUGACAGCAGAGUGCCAAAAGGCUUAGACGCACUCCGAUUGGCCGGAGCGCACUUUACAGCCCGCUCCUGUUUCCAUCCGAGGCAGAAGACUUCUCCUCCCCGAAGCCUGAGGAGCCUGAGCAGAGCAGAGCCAGAGGACGGCCAGGACUUUACUCCACACUUUCUGUUCCUUCAUGAAGUGAGCUUUUCCUCGCUGCAGAGAGAAAGCACCAUGAGGUCUUCCUGUGAGUCCUUGGUCCGGCUGGCGGCGCUCCUGUCAGCGUGCGCGGCUUCAGAGUACGAGUACCUGAGCUGGAAGUCGGACGGGUACAACGGCGGCCGCAGCUACGGGAAGCCUCCCCAGUGCGUGGACAUCCCGGACGACCUGCGGCUGUGCCACGGCGUGGGCUACAGCCAGAUGCUGCUGCCCAACCUGCUGGAGCACGAAACCAUGGCGGAGGUGAAGCAGCAGGCCAGCAGCUGGGUGCCGCUGGUGCACAAGAACUGCCACCCGGGCACGCAGGUCUUCCUCUGCUCGCUCUUCGCGCCCGUGUGCCUGGAGCGGCCCAUCUAUCCGUGCCGCUGGCUGUGCGAGGCCGUGCGCGACAGCUGCACCCCCAUCAUGGAGGCGUUCGGCUUCCCCUGGCCGGAGAUGCUCACCUGCGACAAGUUCCCCCAGGAUGACGUGUGCAUCGCCAUGACGCAGCCCAACGCCACGGAGGCCACCAAGCCCACAGGUUACUCUCUCAUCUGCCCUCCAUGUGACAAUGAAAUGAAGACGGACGCCAUCCUGGAGCACAUGUGUGCCAGCGAGUUUGCUUUGAAGGCCAAGAUCAAGGAGGUGAAGCGAGAAAACACGGACCGCAAGGUGAUCCUGCAGAAGAGGAAGAAGAUGUUGAAAGCAGGCAACCUGAAGAAGAAGGACACGAAGAAGCUGGUGUUGUACUUGAAGAACGGAGCGGACUGCCCCUGCCAACAGCUGGACAACCUGACAAACCAGUAUCUAAUCAUGGGCCGCAAGGUGGACAAGCAGUACCUCCUCACAGGCAUCCACAAGUGGGACAAGUCCAGCAAAGAGUUCAAAAAGGCCAUCAAGAAACUCAAGACCCACAAAUGUCCUACAUUCGAGAACGUCUUCAAAUAAUAUGACCGGCCCCCACCCCGGUCACAUCUCCUCCUACGUACGAACUUGCACAAGCAUUCCCAGUCUUUGCUUUCUGUUGUCCUGUUCAUAUAUCUAUAUAUCUUUGUAUAUUUACAGAUAUACUUUGGAAUGUCCUUGUUAAGUUUUAGUGGAAUGGGGGAAGUGAUAACAUCGCUAAUGAACGAGCUGAGUUUCCUUUUGGUGAAAGAAAAAGGACGUCGUAGUGAAAGCCCUUCCGCGUUGAAAUCAUUUCCGCCACAUGUAUGUACAUACUUUUUGAAAUUUUCCCUAUCCUCGCACAGGUCAGUGGAUUGGUUGGGCAUUUUGGAAAACACUUGGAAAAACUUUCUUCUUUGCCUCGAGCUCGAUCAGAAGAUGAAACCACUUUUGUGUCUGGUAGAAGCUAGAGCCAACAGACAGUUAGCUUACCUCACAUAAAGACUGCCACUGAGGGCCAAGAGCUAUCUUCCUUCUGUCCAAAAGUAAAAAGGAGAAACGGUCAAUUUUAGAUUUAGUUUCUUGUUUUAUUGAAUAAAUGUCACGGGUUAUUUAGUGGGCCAAGCUAGUUUGUUCCUAGUCUUUGUAUGAACAUAGGCUAACCAUCUGCUGGUCACCUAUUAGCUAAAAACCUGCCCCAGUGUCCUGUAAACAACCUCUUUUUGUGAUGAUUUAUUAAUUACUCUUAAAAUCAAUGAUUAGACUACAGAAAUGUGAGCUUUAAAAGCUAUGUAGGGUUCCUGUUGAAUAACUUAUUGACAGAAGUGUGAGGGUGCUGUCGUUCGCUGAAGACUGCACUGCCGCCAUGCAGAUCAUUUACGCUUGAUUUCUUCAUGUAAUUGUUUGUCAUUUGUUACUUGAAAAUCAUAAGAGAAUCAUAACCACCAAUCUGCAUCACCAGAUCAUGUUUAGGCCUGUGUGGCUGGUUUCUUAAUCUUUUUUACCGCUCGUCUUUCUUUAUACGUUCAGUCUGCAGUACUCAUUAUUCAUCAGUAAAGGAAUGUUUAAAGUGCAAAAGUUAUCAAAGUGCAGAUAUUGCCAAAUGUGUGUUCUGGUUUGUUCUGCUUGAGUGUCUCUGAUCCGUUCUAGCACUGUUUUGUUUCAGAUUUGAAUGUCAGCAGUGCAUCGCUGCCUAUGUCAUGUACAUACAAAUUUUACAUAAAUAUAGAAAAAACUAAA